AUGAAGCAAUGGCAAUAUCCUCACGGCCUUACCCCACCAAUGAAGAGCGUUCGGCAACGGCGUUUCCGAAAAACGAAGAAGAAGAAGUAUAUGGAAGCGCCGGAAGUCGAAAGAGAGCUCAAACGAUUACUUCGAGCCGAUCUGGAAGCGGAUUCAUUUCGUUGGGAAAUUGUUGCUGCUGACGAGAAACGAAAGGAUUCUGCUUCGGUUUCCGAGCAGACUCUAUUUGGUGAGAAAGUGAGCAGUAGCGAUGAUGAAGAAGCCAUUCCUCAGGUGGAAAAGGAUGAUUGA